GUGAUGAUAAAAACUUUCGCCAAUAAUAGAAAUGGCUGUUAGUUGCGGUGGAUCUGUGAUUAAAAUUGUAUUAUUUGUGUUCAACUUCAUCUGGGUGUUAUGUGGGGCGGCGAUCAUAUACCUGGGCGUUCGGGUUAUCCUAAAAUACACACCCGAUGUGACUGAUGUGGUGAAAGAGACCCCGGCGUAUUCAGCGAUAGUGCUGUUAGUGGCGGGAGGGCUCAUACUAGUGGUCAGCUUUUUAGGCUGUUGUGGUGCUAUCCGUGAGAGCUAUUGUAUGCUUAACACCUACGGCGGACUCGUAUUCCUAUGUCUGGCAGCACAGGGUGUCGGCGCUUAUAUGGCCACCAAAUACAACCACGAUUCAGCACUGAAUGCCUACAAAUGGGAGUUAGCCGAGGAUGAGGCGGCCAAUCGUGCCAUCAAUGAGUUCCAGAAGCAGUUGCAGUGCUGUGGAGGCAAUGAUAGAUAG